UUAGUGGUAAUUAGUUCAGAUGUUUGGUUUCGACACUGAAAGAUAUCCUUCUCACUAAGCCAUGACGGUCCAUCGCAGUAGCAAGACGUUCACCACUCGGAGUGUGUUCGGGUCAGCUGGCCUCGGUUCUUCUUGUGGAUUGGUCAUGAACGGAUUGGGGAGUUCAGGGGUCUCUUUGUCUUUUGGUGGACAAAACUAUGUCAGGUCUGGGGGCUAUGGUGCCCACAUCUCCAGAUCUUUGUCCACUUCAUCCUUGACAACGGCUGAUAACGAAGUCACAUUGUCUGCCAACGAAAAGCAGACAAUGCAGAACCUCAAUGAGCGACUAGCAACUUACCUGGAGCAGGUGCACUCUUUAGAGCAAGCCAACAAGAAACUUGAGCUGCAGAUUAAAGAGUUUUAUGACAACAAGAGCCCACUGCAGAGAAAAGACUUGAGUGCUUAUUUCAAAACCAUUUCAGAGCUUCGCACACAGAUUCACAGCCGUAAUGUGGAGAACACAGAGCUCCGUCUGAAGCUGGACAACACCAAGCUGACCGCUGAAGAUUUCCAUUUGAAGUAUGAGACUGAAAUGAAUAUGCGCGCAGUUGUGGAAGCAGAUUCGGCUCAACUGCGAGGAGUUCUGGGUGAGAUCAAACUGUCCAUUGGAGACCUGGAUAACCAGCUUGCUGGACUGAAAGAAGAGCUGCUGUAUCUCAAGAAGAACCACGAAGAGGAACUUCAUUUGUUGCGAGAGAAGCAAGGCGGCUCUGUUAAUGUGGAGAUGGAUUGUGCAGCUCGGUCAGAUCUUGACAUGGAGCUGCAGGAGAUGAGAGCUCAUUAUGAGAUGCUUAUUGAGAAAAACCGCAGGGAGGCUGAAAGUUGGUUCCAGAGUAAGGCGGAGGUGUUGCAGACUAAAGUGACCACCAGCUUUACUGAAAUCAAGACAUCUCAGACUGAGCUCACUGAUCUGAAGAGAACUUUCCAGAGCCUGGAGAUAGAACUACAGGGGGUUCUCACAAUGAAACAAAACCUGGAGCAGAGUUUGGCUGAAGUGGGCAUAUGUUAUGCGGCCCAGCUGAAUCAGCUGCAGUUGCAAAUAGACCACCUACAGGAGGAGCUACAGAGACUCAAUGCCAACAUCCAACAACAGGCUUUAGAGUACCAGCUGCUGCUGGACAUCAAGAUGAGGCUGGAGUUAGAGAUCGCUGAAUACAGGAGGCUGCUGGAUGGAGAAGCUGAAACGACCCAACCAGUGGACAUAUAUAACCCUCACAAACAGCGCAUAGUGAAGGUCAUUGUGGAGAAUCUUGUGGAUGGCAAAGUCGUAUCUUCUUCAGUUAAGGAGAACAUCGAAGAAGUUAGCUGAGAAGAUACUGCAAUAACAACAACAACAACAACAACAACAAAUCUUAUAUGUAAUCUCUAAUGACAAAUGUUUCUGGUGUUAGAUUUGGUGCGUUUUUGAUACUAACCACUAGGUGUCGCGGUACAUCAAUUAAACGAUCAGCUGUAGUCUAAAAAUAACUCAUGGUGAAGGUUGUAAGAACGAGUAAGCUUGAGAUGGCGACAUGGUCUGUGUGAGGCAAAGAAGUGGGGGGUUUUCCCCCAAACCUGUAUGAAUUUCUUUCUUCUGCUUAACACAAAAUAAGAUAUUUUGAAGAAUAGUUGAUGGGCCUCAUUGACUUAAUGGGGCCCAUCAACUGUUCAAAAUACAUUUUUCAAAAUAUCUUCUUUUGUGUUCAGCAGAAGAAAGAAAUUCAUACAGGUUUGGAUCAACUUGAGAGUGAGUAAAUGAUGACAGAAUUUUCAUUUUUGGUGAACUAUCCCUUUACUAAUGGCCUUAUCAAAUAUUUCUGAAAUGACUGUUUUUUUUUUUUCAAUCAUUUGAAACAAUGACUUUUUAUGCAAAUCGGAGCAGAAAACGGAAACUUUUUUAUUUUCUAGCAUUGCAAACUCAUGGUCACACACACUUAGGUUUUAAGGAAAUGAUUAUUUGUAUUUGGUAUAGAUAUAAAAUAAAAUAAAGAUUGUUUAUAGCACCAGAACAUGGCCAGAGAUUCACUUGAGCAGCAUGUCGAAAUGCUGAUGUGCUCCUCAAAUGCAGGACACUGGCCACUAGGUGUCGUAAUACAUCCAUUAUAAUAUUUGCUGUGAUAAUGUCAUUCCAUUGAUUCAUGCAGUAACCUACACUUUCGUAUAUUAGAUAAAAUAUUACAAUUUCACAAUUUGUAAAGAUGGAAAUCACAGUAUCAUAAUUAAGUGAACAUGUAGGCUUUUGGUCCCCAUGAAGAAAACUGCUUAUAAAUCAUAAUAAGUGUUGUAAGUGAUGUAAAAAUGCAUUUUUUUUUUUUUUUUUUUUUUUUUUUUUUUAUUAUUAUUAUGAUGGGUAGGUUUAGGGUUAGGGGAUAGAAUUGUGGGGACAUUUUUUUGAAAACAGCUUAUCAUAUUAAUACUAAAUGUUGUGUUUUGAAGUAGGUUUACUUGUUGUGAUGUGUAGGUUUAGGGGAUAGAAUAUACAACAUUGUACAAGAAUGUGUGUGUCUAUUUCUGCUGAACAUUUUUAUAAAACCUUUUUUAAAUGACACAAGUUAAAAAAUGAAAUAAAGUUUAAAUGUCAUGUCAUUUUAACACCGGAUGUCAUAUAAUUAACCCAUGUAAUUUACAGUAAAGGAUGUAAAUUGGCUAAUUUAAUUAAAUACCUUUUAAAUCCA